UAUAAGUAUCAUAAUUUGAAUCGUUUUCUGCGCAUCUGCCGAUUCCUACAUAAAUCUAUAUAAUAUAUGAUUUUACAACAUCAUUGAAAUAACUGUUAUUCCAUGCUAAAUUCGAUAUUAUAUAUUUUAUAAACGCACGCGCAAUGUACAGAAUGCACUUUUAUCAUUCAGACAUAGAGUAAUGUUCACGAACUCUCAAUCAUCGGGAAGAAAUAAUGGAAACGAAGUACAUGGAAAAAGAUUUGAAGCAAGCGUUCUACGCGCAACCGUUCUUGAAAAUAAUCGCUGCUUGGCCAAUUGUUAUCGAAUCUUCUUUGAGCUCGAAGAUACGAAAAUGGUUUAUAAUUUUUUUCUCCAUUUUCUUGCAAAUGUGUAUCAUAGUUCCGUGCAUUUUGGUCAUGUUCCUAAAAGAGAAGAAUGGAAGAAGGAAAAUAAAUCUGUUCAUGUUGCUCACCAACACUUUGAAUCAGGUGUUCAAGUACGCGAUCACGCUGAACAGAGCGAACGAGUUGAGGAUAGCUAUACACGAAAUAAAAAAAGAUUGGUUGACCGCCACGCCCGAAGAUCGAUUUGUCUUUAUCACGAAUUCGAGGAUCGGUCAACGAAUAAUGCUGAUAAUAGUUGUCAUCAUGUAUACCAGUGGCCUCGGUUAUCGAAUGGUUCUUCCACUUUUGAAAGGAAAAAUUAUUCUACCGAAUAACGUUACCAUAAGACUACUCCCUUGUCCAACUUAUUUUACUUUUUUUAACGAAUUAGUUAGCCCAUACUAUGAGAUGAUCUUUAUGCUGCAACUAUUGGCUGGAUUUUUCAUUUAUACAGUUCUCAGUGGCACUAUCGGAAUUUCCUUGAUGCUUUCUCUCCAUAUGUGCAGUUUGUUGAAGAUUUUAAGGAGAAAAAUGAUCAAUCUUGCGGAUGGAUCGAUUAUCAGCGAGAAUAUCAUGCAGGAGAAGAUUGUGGAUAUCGUGGAAUAUCAAACGAAGAUCAAAAGAUUUUUGGGUAAUACAGAACUGAUCACGCAAUAUUUUUGUUUUUACGAAAUCAGCUGUAACACUUGUCUUAUAUGUUUCAUAGGAUAUUGCAUUAUUCUGGAAUGGGAAAAUCAUAAUAUUAUUGCUAUAGUGGUGCAUUUUAUGCUAUUAGGGACUUGUAUUUUUGUUACAUACAUAGUCUGUUACAUUGGUCAACUACUCCUCGACGAAGUAGUACAAACUGCAUUGUCGCGUAUUAUUAUUUAUUUUAAUAUGAAUUUAUAUUUUCAGAGCAAUAAUUUAGCGAGAACAUGCAUCACGUUAAACUGGUAUCAUUUUCCGACAAGAAAAGCCCGGUGUUUGAUACUGAUAAUAAUUAUGUCUAAUUAUCCUAUAAAACUGACAGCGGCCAAAGUGGUAGAUGUAUCUUUAACCACCUUCACCGAUGUCAUGAAGGCUGCAAUGGGUUAUUUAAAUAUGUUACGAGAAGUUACCUAAUCCUUUUAUCCUGUUAUCUAUAAAAGUUCGUAAAAUACAAUUAGAGACAGAAAUAUUCUCGAUAGCAAUAUUUAGAAUUGACAUAAAAAUAUUUUCACAUAUUUAAAUUAUUAUUAAUCAAUUAAUUAAAUAUUCUAUUAUGUAUUAGAUAUUUUAAAAGUAGUGAUUAUAAUAUUUUGUAUUCUUUUAAAAUUUUAAUAAUCAUAAUAUAAUUCUACUUUGCAUAUGACAUUUAUCAUAUUACUUACCAUUUAAGCAUAGGUAUUUGUAUAUAUAUUAAUAAAUUAUUUGUUAAAAUAGCAUGCAUGACACAUUUGAAUACUUGACUGAUAGCACUAUUACAUGUUUGUCUUUAUACUAUACAUUCACUCUUCUGUAAGAUCGAAUUU